CCGCCUUUAGCAGUGUGUUAUGUGUUAGCCGGACAGAAAAGAUGACAAAACCACGUGUGACACUGUCGUCGGGAUUAAUGUUUAUAGGCGUGAUUUCGGUGGUAGCAUUCAUAUUCCAAUUCCUGAGUGUGUACAAUCAUAAAACGUAUGCUGUACGUUACGUACAAAAGGUCACCCGAAAACCAGAUGUGUAUGAGAACCACCCUGCUCCGGUAAAGAAUGUGACCGGACUGGAAUUUCUGACAGGAAAUUGGAGACAAGAUGCAGCUAUAUUUCCAACUAAAAACUUAUCAAAUCGUCUACUGACGAUCGGGAUACCGACUAUUCGACGUGAGAAUGCAACAUACCUAUCCCACACACUGGAAUCUCUCUUUAACUGUUCUACCGAGGAGGAGCAUAGGGACAUUUACAUCGUCGUUUUCCUUGCCGAUUUUAGCAACGAGUGGAAAAGAAACAUGACUCGCGAGCUCAGUAUGAAAUACCCAGGUCAUAUCGAAACAGGUUUACUACAAGUUAUAAAAGCGCCACCUCAAUUUUAUCCACCACUGACAAAUUUACAACACACCUAUGCAGGGCAUUCGAAAGAGAAACGGAAGUGGCGUGCUAAGCAAAACUUUGACUACGCAUAUCUGUUUAUGUACAGCAAACCUUUGUCCACAUUCUACAUGCAACUGGAGGACGAUGUUUAUACCGUUCCAGGUUACCUACAACGUAUUCGUUAUAAUUUACUUAAACGUGACAACUGGGUUUGUCUAGAAUUUUCCGAGUUAGGAUAUAUAGGGAAGGCUUAUCAUUCCAAAGACUUGGAGAGACUGUCAAAAAUGAUAUUAUUGUUUUAUGUAGAGCAACCGGGAGAUUUUACAUACCGUCAUUUUAAUAUAAUGAUGCUUCAAUUUGGAAGACGGAUUAUCUAUCCAACUCUGUUUCAACAUAUUGGUUUGCAAUCAUCUCUUCCGGGAAAGAUUCAGAAAUUGAAGGAUGCACAUUUUGAAACAACCGAAAAACAAUAUAAAAGUGAAAAUCCACCUGCUAAAUUGUUCACAAGUAUAACAGAAGUUAGUCCCGAUAACCCGCUAAUUAAUGCAUAUGACAGGGCGGCUAGGGGCUUGUUUUGGACCACAGGCGUCCCGAAAGAGAACGACAGUAUUACCAUCGUAUUUGACAAACCUCAGAGUGUUGAUCACGUGAUUAUUGUUACGGGGUCAAGCAGCCAUCCAAGUGAUAAACUGGAAAAUGGAGUACUCGAGGCUAGUCUCAGCCUGACUAAGAACAAAAACACUAAACCAAUGUGCGGGGAUAACGUUUUCCUAGGGACUUUCAAAGACGGUCUGAUCAAUGCGACACAUUUAGAUGCAAAUCUCAGCUCCAAUAAGGUACAUUGUUUGCGCAUUAUUGUAACAGCUAACCAGUCGUAUUGGCUCAUUGUCCGAGAAAUCGCCGUGUUUACCAGUAAAAAACCCAAGAACGACGAGAUUUCUCCUUUUUUAAAGGGCAAAGAUAGCAAUAUAACAUUAGUAUGACGAAAUAAAACAAUAGA